UUUCAGCUCAAAAGGAAAAAAUGGGUAGCAAGAAGGUCUAUACGGUGAAUUCUGGUGGAAAACUCCCGCACAAGGUUUCCGAAAAUUCUACAGUUUCCACGGACUCUUCUAGUACAUACCACAACUCGCAUGGAAUCUCAUGGCUUAUGGCAGCCGUGUUCAUUGUUGGAGACAUGAUGGGCGCUGGUAUGAUCUCUCUUCCAUUGGCGCUCGGAAGAUCCGGCCUGAUAGCCGGAUGUGUUCUCAUCCUGCUAGCCUCAAUUUUUUCGGGAUACACUGGAAUUCAGCUUGGAGAGAAUUGGGAAAUGAUGCAGAUCCGCUGGCCAAAAUACCGUACCCAUUGUCGACGGCCGUAUCCAGAGAUGGCUUACAGGGCGUUGGGUAACUGGGCUCGGCAGGUGGUAGCCGUGUGUCUUGUGGUCUCCCAAUUCCUCAUCGCCUGUGUUCUUCUAUUGAUCUCUGCGGAGAACUUCACAAAUCUCCUGAACACCUUCUUCCAUCUCCAUCUAGAUUUUUGCGUCUUCAUCGUGGCAAUCGCGUUGGUGCUCUGGCCAUUCAGUCUGCUUCAGAGCCCAAUGGACUUCUGGCAGUUGGCUGUCAUCUCUGCAGUUUCUAGUACUAUUGCAGCAGGGCUCAUUGUGUUCGGAGCAUCUUGGGAUAUGACAUCAUGCGUCCCGUACCGUCAGAUGCCAUCCUUAGAGGCCAAGCAAUUCACGUUGGCGUAUGGAACAAUUGUAUUCGCGUUUGGAGGUCAUGGUGCAUUCCCAACAAUUCAACAUGACAUGGCUAUGCCACAUCAAUUCAACAAAUCUGUAAUUUCCAGUUACAUUCUGAUCACCCUCGUAUAUCUCGCCGUCUCAAUCACCGGCCUAAUUGCCUACGGAGACAGUAUGAUUGAUACCGUAAUCCCGUCUAUCCAGCUAACUUGGGUCGCUCAGACCAUUAAUAUCCUAAUCACUGCUCAUAUCUUGCCUACUAUCAUUAUUGUGCUAUCACCAUUAUCUCAACAAGUGGAGGAGUGGAUCAAGAUUCCAAAUCAAUUCGGAUGCCGCCGCGUCCUUGUCCGCACCUUCAUCCUCUUCCUCGUCAUGUUCACCGCACUCUCUGUCCUUAAGCUCGGCCUCUUCCUGGAUCUAGUCGGUGCCACCACCAUCACCCUCAUGACUAUGCUUCUACCGAGCAUCUUCUGGCUCUUUAUGCAAGCUUCUGCCAAGAAACGUGAAGACGGUCUGAAAGCAGGCACCAUCCAACAGAAUAGUCCCGAUGUGGAGACUGCCACGCUGGCUGACGUUUGGUACUACACGCCAAAGUUGUUGCUGGCAUUCAAUUGCAUUUCUCUGACAUUCGGCUUAUUAGGAGGCCUAACAUCUGCCUUCUCGGCCAUUGAAGCACUCAUCAUCUCAGAGCAGGUUGCUCCAUGCUACGUGAAUUGGUUCAGAGACGGGUUCAAGAGCACGAGGGAGGGUGGAUCGUUGCAUUGUUGCGGAGCAUUCAAGAAUAUCAGUGUCUAUGGAGAUCAGUGUGCUGCAUAAAUGUUUUCUUGUAUUGUGCUAUAUACAUUUCCCCUUACUACUAGUCUAUGCAUCAGUGGAAACUUGAAUAAAGAGUACGGGUUCCUUGUCAGAACACUGCAAACAAA